CGAACGUGCGCGCGCAGUGAGCGAGCGAGGCGGCGGCGGCGGAACCUCGGCGACAGGGCGGCUCGUCGGCUGCUCGCCGCCCCCACCUGCACCUGCCAUCGGUCCCCGGCUCCGGCCGCUGUCUCUGCGUGAUGUCCGGCGAGCCCAUCCCGAGUGAUCCUGGAAACAUGCCAAUACUUGAACAACUUGGAUUUGACCAGAGCUCAGAUUUCUCGGACACGUCCUUCCAGCAGAAGUUGGAUGAGGCAAAAGAGCAGAUUAAACGGGAGAUCAGGAGAGAGUUGAAGAUAAAAGAAGGUGCGGAGAACCUGCGAAAAGUGACAACUGAUAAAAAGAACCUGUCCAAUGUGGAGCACGUCCUGAAAAACUCCAAUCGAAAACUGGAGACGCUGCACGAGCAACUGCAGGAUCUCAAUGCACACAUUGUGGUGAAAGAUCCAGACGAACUGCAAGAUGGACCUCGGUCUCCUGGUGCUUUGAGCCGAGAGGCUCGUUCGACGGCCAACAGGAACCGCAUUGUGGCACUUGAAAAGCAGCUAAAUAUCGAGAUGAAGGUGAAACAAGGAGCUGAGAAUAUGAUCCAAAUGUACACCACUGGACCCAUAAAGGAUCGAAAGAUGCUCUCCACGGCUCAACAGAUGCUGCAGGACAGUAAAAUCAAAAUUGAAGUGAUCCGCAUGCAGAUCCGCAAAGCGAUACAGGCAGAUGAGAUGCACGUGGAAAUUGAGGAUGGACAAGCCAAGCCGGGAAUUAGUCUCCUUGAAAUAAGAAUUGAAGAGCUGCGGCAUCACGUCCGUGUGGAAUAUGCAGUAUCAGAAGGUGCCAAAAAUGUUCUCCGCCUUCUGGGGUCAGGGAAGGUACACGAUAAGAAGGCGCUGUCUGAGGCUCAAUCCAGGCUGAACGAGUCAAGUGAAAAGCUGGACCUAUUGAAACAUUCUCUGGAGCAGAGAGUAAACGAGCUCCCAGAAGAUCAUCCCAAAGGGUGUAUUAUUAAAGAGGAACUCGUCAUGUUGUGCUCUCCAGCAUUCAGUAAUCGGAUCAAUGCUUCGUAUCAACAGAACCAGUACAGCACAUUGUACAAACCUUCGCCACUAACAGGCACGUUGGAGGUCCGUGUUGUGGGCUGCACGGGUCUAUUGGAGUCGGUCCCAGGGCGCUCUCGAGGGUCAGGUACUCCUCUGCCUGCAUACAGCCCCAAUGACAGUAGGAAUUCUUUCAUGAGCAGGACCAGCCGGGGCUUGUAUGGAAGGAGCGGGAGUGGCAGCGGUCGUAACUUCAUGAAAACCGAAGAUUUGUCCAAUGAAGUGAGUGCCGUCCUGAAGCUUGACAACAUAGUUGUUGGGCAGACAGCUUGGAAAGCAAUAGGUGACCAAUCGUGGAAUCAUAAUUUCACAGUGGAGUUAGAACGUACUCGGGAAUUGGAGAUCAGUGUUUACUGGCGAGAUUGGCGUUCACUCUGUGCAUUAAAGUAUCUCAAGCUGGAAGAUUUCCUGGACAAUCAGCGGCAUGAAAUCCACUUGGAUCUGGAGCCUCAGGGGGUGCUACUGACCGAGGUCACUUUCUGCAACCCAGUGAUUGAAAGAAUAACCAAGCUGCGUCGACAGAAGAAGAUCUUCUCCAAGCAGCAAGGGAAGACUUUUCUUCGAGCUCCUCAGAUGAAUAUCAACAUUGCCACUUGGGGUCGAUUGUUGAGGAAAGCAUUUCCCACAGUUAACUCCACUGGGACUUACAGUCCCUCGUCUUACAUGACUGCUGUCUCUGAUGGUCGGCAGCCACUAUCCACCAACAUGUCAGGAGACCUAUCGUUUGAGAAGUUGUCGUUAGAUUUGGCAGAUGAAGUGUCAAGUACGCCCCGAAAAGCUUCUUUGGAGUCGAGGAGCAGCCACAACGGUGAAAAGCCAAUGCAGCUGGACGAAACUGAUGUAAGUCAACCUGUUUCCCCAGAAAGGUCCAGUUUAUCAUCAGACAUAGAAGAUAAGCAACACAGCAUACCUCUCAAAUCUUCACUGAGUCUACAUGAUUUCAAACUCAUUGCAGUCUUGGGCAGGGGACACUUUGGAAAGGUGCUCUUGUCGGAAUACAGAAAGUCUGGACAGCUGUUUGCCAUAAAAGCCUUGAAGAAAGGAGAUAUUGUCGCAAGAGAUGAGGUUGACAGCUUAAUGUGUGAGAAACGAAUCUUCGAGACGGUAAACCUCUCCAGUCACCCGUUCCUGGUCAACCUGUUUGCCUGUUUUCAAACGCCUGAGCAUGUUUGUUUUGUGAUGGAAUACACAGCCGGCGGUGAUCUGAUGAUGCACAUUCACGCUGACGUCUUCUCAGAACCCAGGGCUAUGUUCUACUCUGCAUGUGUUGUUCUUGGAUUACAGUUUCUACAUGACAACAAAAUUGUGUACAGAGACCUGAAGCUCGACAACUUGCUCUUGGACACACAGGGUUAUGUGAAAAUUGCUGAUUUUGGACUCUGCAAGGAAGGUAUGGGCUAUGGAGAACGGACAAGCACCUUCUGCGGGACGCCUGAGUUCCUUGCUCCUGAGGUUCUGACAGACACUUCGUACACAAGGGCAGUGGACUGGUGGGGACUCGGUGUCCUUAUCUAUGAGAUGUUGGUGGGAGAGUCACCGUUCCCUGGAGAUGAUGAAGAGGAGGUGUUUGACAGUAUUGUCAAUGAUGAGGUGCGAUACCCCAGGUUCCUGUCUUCAGAAGCCAUUGCCAUAAUGAGAAGGCUGCUACGCAGGAACCCGGAACGUCGGCUAGGAUCCAGUGAACGAGACGCAGAAGAAGUGAAGAAACAGCCGUUCUUUAAGGAAAUAGAUUGGGAAGGCUUGCUGGCAAAGAAAGUGAAGCCGCCUUUCGUCCCCACCAUCAAGGAUCGGGAAGAUGUCAGCAAUUUUGAUGAGGAGUUUACGGCCGAAGAAGCGAAACUGACCCCUCCAAGGGAGCCCCGGAUUCUCAGCGAGAACGAGCAGCUCAUGUUCAGUGACUUUGAUUACGUCUCUGAUAACUGUUAAUGUUAAGUGGCCUCCUUGUUCCAAACCAUGCGAGAGACUGGUUUCAUAUUUACAAAGCGUUAAGCCUUAAAAGCAGCGGCAAUGCGA